AUGAGAUCGUUGAACGUUUCCGCUAACGAGAAAAAGAAAUCGUCGCCAGUUUUCUUUUUUAGAGUCGGCUGCUAUCCUUACAUCAAAUAUCACUGUACAAAAAGGCCAGUACAAGAUUUGAGCGCCGACAAUACACUUUACCGAUUGAUUACGAUCGCAAAUCUGGGUAUUCCAUGCCUAUUAUACGGCCUGGCUGCGGUUGGCUUAAUCAAACAUACUGAGACGGUGGAAGACGAGCAAACGCACAAGACUGUCAGGAUUCACUUCCUUAUCAAGGAAGAGCACAACUGA